AUGCUACGUUCGCUAGCACACUCGGUGACCAUCGUGGCCGCACUCCUUAACCUCUUCAUCCACUUCUACCCUGACAUCCUCAACUCAACCGACAAGUGCAACUGGCACAAGUUCGAGGACACGCGCCUUCACAGCACGGUGUCCUUCAUCAACCAGCUUCCCCAAUCCAUUUCUGAAAAGGUGCUCCUCAACUUCCCCAGUCUCGUCGACCACUCGGCAUUGAGGACACCUUCUGUCCGUGGAGACAAGGCCAUCAAAGACAUCCAUAUGCUCACGUUUGGCGAUCCCCAGAUCAACGGCAACUGGCAACUGACCAAGUACAUCAAGAGGUUGGACAACUAUGGCAAUGACUACUACUUGGGCCAUAUCUACAACACCAUGAAGCAAAGACUCUCGCCCAGCCAUGUGGCAGUCAUGGGAGAUCUCUUCUCUUCCCAAUGGAUCUUGGAUUCCGAGUUCUACAACAGAACCAACCGGUUCGUGGAGAGAUUGUUCCCAAGACCUAUCGAAUACAAGCGCAACGUCAAGGAAACACACGCCAAGCAUGAGAACUACGACUGGAACCAAUGGUUGAGCCAGGAGGUAGAAAUGGAUCCAAAGCACAGAUACGACUCCAGAGUGUACGCUGACGUCUAUGACUGGUUCUUCCCCGAAAACAAGUUUCCAAACUAUGAGAAUCCUUUGUUUAUCAAUUUGACUGGUAAUCACGAUAUUGGCUACAGUGGAGAUGCCACCUGGCAACACAUGGCCCGUUUCCACCACUUAUUUGGCCAGAAUAACUACGUUAUCAACUACAAUCAAGGCACUCCUGAAGAAUGGAGAUUGGUGGUCUUAGACUCUAUGAGUUUGGAAGGUCCAGCCUUGCAGGAAGAGUUUGUUUCGUAUACCUGGUCAUUUUUGGAACACUUGAACGCUUCGAAUGCUGAUUUCAAGGGUGCUACUGUGCUUUUGACCCAUAUUCCAUUUUACAAGAAGGAAGGUUUAUGUGCCGAUGGCCCUGAGCACAAAUACUACGAAAAUUAUGAAAAGGAACCAUACAAGAAUGGUAAAUUAAGAUCUCAAAAUCAUUUAGCUUACGAUAUCAGUCAAAAAGUCCUCAGUAUUAUCUUUCCUAACAAAGACCAAAAUGGUAUCAUCUUGACUGGCCACGAUCAUGUGGGUUGUGAUGACUGGUACAACUUUGUCGAUGGCGAGUGGGUCGCUUCUAAAGAAAAGAACAAUACUGAGAGAGAAUCUGUCAGAGAAAUAGUUGUGAGGGCCAUGAUGGGCGAUUUCGAAGGUCAAACCGGUAUCGUUACUGGCCACUUUAGUGACAAAUGGGCCUUCGAGUUCAGCUAUUGUUCUUUUGUGGUUCAACACUGGUGGUGGGCAAGUAAGGUGGCCAUCUUGUUAUCUGUACUUUUGGAGUCUGUCAAUUGGUUGAGCUAG